UGUAGCUUUCGUCUUGCAUCAACAUUAUCCCAUGUGCAUAGCGUGGUCCAUGUCGUGCUUAUAUUAAUGGGCUGCGGACAAGCAGAAACGCAUACACAAGCACAAGAAUACAAGGCAGGGCAGCUUGUUGCAGGCGGCGGCAAUGGCGAAGCCAAAUCGUGUAACCAAUUCUUCUGUAGCCUCUGAUUUCAUCGACUUCUUGAACGCUUCCCCGACUGCUUUCCACGCCGUUGAGGAGGCAAAGAAGCGGCUGGUAGAAGUGGGAUAUGAACAACUCUCUGAGACAGAGGAUUGGAAAUUAGAAGCCGGCAAGAAGUACUUCUUCACCAGAAAUCAUUCCGCCAUCAUCGCUUUCGCGAUCGGUAAAAAAUACGUUGCUGGGAAUGCAUUUCAUAUUGUUGGUGCUCAUACAGAUAGCCCUUGUUUGAAAUUGAAGCCUAUAAGCAAGAUUACGAAGGGUGGAUUUCUGGAAGUUGGUGUUCAAAUUUAUGGGGGUGGGUUGUGGCACACAUGGUUUGACCGGGAUUUAACAGUUGCAGGAAGGGUGAUUCUGAGGGAAGAGAAAAAUGGUUCUGUUUCAUAUGUUCCUCGACUUGUUCGAAUUUUGGAGCCCAUAUUGAGAAUCCCCACAUUAGCAAUUCACUUGGACAGGGAUGCAGUUGCAUUUGCGGUGAACACAGAGACCCAACUUCUCCCAAUUUUGGCCACGACUAUUAAGGGGGAAUUGAAUAAAGUUGUUUACAAAAAUGAUGCCCAAAAUGGUGGAGAGUAUACAGAUCAGAAGUCAACUCCUAGUAGCUCAAAGCAUCACUUGCUUCUGUUACAGAUACUUGCGGAGCAACUUGGCUGUGAACCAGAUGACAUAUUUGAUUUUGACUUGCAAGUAUGUGAUGCUCAACCAAGUGCGAUUGGUGGUGCCAAGAGGGAAUUCAUAUUCUCUGGAAGGCUCGAUAAUUUAUGCAUGACAUUUUGCUCUUUGAAGGCAUUGAUUGACAGUACAUCUUCUGAAAGUAGCCUUGAGAAUGAGGCUGGUAUCAGAAUGGUGGCCCUGUUUGACAACGAGGAGGUUGGAUCUAAUUCAGCCCAGGGGGCUGGGUCUCCAGCAAUGCAUGAUGCUUUAUCACGAAUCACCACUUCCUUCAGCCCAUUACCUUCGCUGGUUGAAAAAGCUAUCCAGAAAAGUUUCCUGGUCUCUGCCGACAUGGCGCAUGCAUUACACCCAAAUUAUAUGGAAAAGUAUGAAGAAAAUCAUCGGCCCAAGUUCCAUGGAGGACUGGUCAUCAAGAUGAAUGCAAAUAAUAAAUACGCAACUAAUGCAGUCACUGCAACCAUAUUCCGGGAGUUCGCUUUAAAACAUAACCUUCCUGUCCAGGAUUUUGUGGUCCGCAAUGACAUGGCUUGUGGUACCACCAUUGGCCCCAUCCUUGCAAGUGGCUUAGGCAUACGAACAGUUGAUGUGGGAGCACCGCAGCUAUCGAUGCACAGUAUUCGAGAAGUUUGUGGUACAGACGAUGUUGAUUACUCGUAUCUGCAUUUCAAGGCUUAUUAUGAAGAGUUCUCUACUCUUCCUAUGAUCCCAGUUGAUAUCUAGAACCGUGUUUCUCGCGUUUUUAGUAAUUUUUCAAUAAUCGUGGGCAUCUGCUUCCAUCUAGUUUCUCUCUUUGAGAAUGUUAAAAUAAGGGGUGGGAAUUUAAACCUGCGACCCAUGAUAUAAAUGAGACCCAACCAUGCUGCCAUGGCAACUAGUUGUUAGGGGUAAGUGCUUAUGUAAACUAUGAUCAUGGUUAUCUAUUUUCAUUACCUAUCUAUGCAACUUUAUUGCAUCAAUAAAUAAAAUAAUAAGAAGCCC